AUGUCUGUACCUCCAAAUAGGUAUGAAUUUCCCUCUUCCAGUUCUGGCAAUUCUAUUUCAACCCUUACUGUUGCAUUGUCCAAUUUUGAUAUUCCCACAUACUACUCACAUGUUGCCAAGCAUGAUUGUUGGCGACAAGCUAUGCAGGAAGAAAUUGUCACUCUAGAGGCCAAUCACACUUGGGACAUUGAGCCUUGUCCUCCCACUAUUGUUCCUCUGGGUUGCAAAUGGGUUUACUCAGUUGAGGUCCGAUCUGAUGGAAGUUUGGAUCGUUACAAAGCUCAACUUGUUGCACUUGGGAAUAAUCAGGAAUAUGGUGUCAAUUAUGAAGAGACCUUUGCUCCUAUGGCUAAAAUGACUACUAUUCGUACGAUUCUAGCUCUUGCUGUUUCAGUGAUUGGCCACUACAUCAGAUGGAUAUAA